CACAUUACAUCAGUGCAGCACUAACAUGUUCCUUCUUUUUAUGCAACAACCAUGAAAAUACAAAAACAAAAGUAACUUGUGAUAUCACAAAAUAUUUACACAAAAAAAAACGCCAAAACGAUAAUAAUUUAAGCGAAGCUUCAUUCCCCCAUUAUUUAUUAAAAUAAUCACCAAAAAUGCGCAAAACUUUACUACUGUCAUCAGAACGUUCACUUGACGUCUCUCUCCCAUCUCUCUCUCUCUCUCCUCUGUAAGAGAAGUUUCGAACUCGAGAAAAUGGCGGUGGAUUCUCCUAAAGGAGUAAUCAUCGCUGCCUUGUUUCUACACGUUGCAACAACCAUUGUUCUCAGCUCCGACUCGGUUCUCAAGCUGGAAAGAUUGAUUCCGCCGAGCCAUGAACUUAGCUUGGCUCAGCUCAGAGCCUUUGAUUUAGCUCGCCAUGGAAGGUUACUACAAUCUCCUGUCGGUGGAGUUGUUGAUUUCCCCGUUUAUGGAGCCUCCGAUCCGUUUCUCGUUGGACUUUACUAUACAAAGGUUAAGCUUGGGACACCUCCAAGAGAAUUCAAUGUGCAAAUCGACACGGGAAGUGAUGUUUUAUGGGUUAGUUGCACUCCUUGCAACGGUUGCCCCAAGACUAGUGAACUCCAAAUUCAGCUGAGUUUCUUUGAUCCUGGAGCCUCAUCGUCGGCUUCAAUGGUUUCGUGUUCAGAUAGGAGAUGUUACUCUAAUUUUCAGACGGAAUCUGGUUGUUCUCCGAAUAAUCUUUGUUCUUAUUCGUUUAAGUAUGGUGAUGGAAGUGGCACUUCUGGUUACUACAUCUCUGAUUUCAUGUCCUUUGAUACUGUUAUUACUAGUACCUUGGCUAUAAACUCCUCUGCUCCCUUUGUCUUCGGGUGUAGCAAUUUACAAACGGGAGAUUUGCAGAGGCCUAGGCGAGCAGUAGAUGGCAUCUUUGGGUUAGGCCAGGGGCGUUUAUCUGUAAUUUCACAGCUUGCUACUCAAGGACUCGCACCACGAGUAUUCUCACACUGUCUGAAGGGAGAUAAAAGCGGUGGAGGUGUAAUGGUUCUUGGUCAAAUCAAGAGACCAGAUACUGUCUAUACUCCUCUUGUUCCAUCACAGCCACAUUAUAAUGUGAACCUGCAGAGCAUUGCUGUGAACAAUCAGAUAUUACCGAUUGAUCCAUCUGUUUUCACGAUAGCCACUGGUGAUGGGACGAUCAUUGAUACAGGGACUACUCUUGCUUAUCUUCCCGACGAAGCUUAUAGUCCAUUUGUCCAAGCUAUUUCAGGUGCAGUUUCACAGUAUGGGCGACCUAUUACAUAUGAGAGUUACCAGUGCUUUGAUAUCGCAUCUGGUGCCAUUGAUGUCUUUCCCGAAGUUAGUUUGAACUUUGCUGGUGGUGCAUCAAUGGUUUUAACCCCCCGUGGCUAUCUUCAGAUGUUUUCUAGUUCAGGAAGUUCAAUAUGGUGCAUUGGUUUCCAGAGAAUGUCACAUCGUCGUAUAACAAUUCUUGGCGAUUUGGUUCUUAAAGACAAAGUGGUGGUCUACGAUCUUGUUCGCCAACGGAUUGGAUGGGCAGAAUACGACUGUUCUCUGGAGGUGAAUGUUUCAGCGAUGAGAGGAGGAAGAAGCAAAGACGUAAUAAGCACAGGGCAGUGGAGAGAGAACAGCUCACACAGUAGUUAUACAAGCGAUUAUUACUACUUGUUACAAGUAAUUUUCCUCCAUCUUUUUCUCUCUUGGAACUCCCGUUUCUUGUAGCUUUGUAGCAUUCACUCACCUCACAGAGGUUGGGACUUAUUGUUGUAAUCUUAUCACAUAAUA